AGGACAUCAUUGAACCCCCUUGUUCUGCAUGGUCGACAUUUUGGCCGUACUGUGUUUGCAAUGUGCAACUAUCCUGCCCUUCUGACCGCAGGUAUACUCCGACUCGAAGAACUACGAGACUCUUCGAUCGAAGAUUAUCCUGCAGAUGUUCGCUGGGAACACAGGGUAUUCGUGGAAUUAAUAGAUUCCUACCCUGGUCUUUUAGAUCGUCUGACGAAUGACGAAGAAGAGGACAUCAUUCACGUGGGAGAACUGAUGGGUAAAGGAGCGUCUGGUGCGCGAGGCGACGACACCAAGACUCUUAAAUCUGCCAUCCUCGAAUGGCUUGUUCCUAGAGGACAGCCACUUAUUCCGCUUCUCGCCCGAAAUAUUAAAUCUGACCGUGGCUUCAAUCAUGAAGCAACUGGCGUGUUGCUCUGCCCGGCAGGCCUUGACUGGUCGAAUGCAGAAACCAAGCAGAGCCUCAAAAGCGGUGAAACUGCAGUUCGUGGUGAUCAGUGGCCGAUGUUUCUUUAUGCUGGGUAUGUCUAUGAUCCUGAAGAUCCUUGGACUGGC